AUGACAGAAUACAGAGGCCAUAGCAGAAUGAAGAACUACUCCAACUAUAGAUCCGAAGUGUACGAAUUCACGGGCGACGUACGGUUGCAGGGAAGUCCAGCCACCAUUUUCAUAGGAUCACCGAUCAACGACAACAUUCCCCACGAAAUAAAACCAUACGCGAGGAAAUACGACCCCCUGGGCAUGGUAGCCAUCUCUUCUAUCCAAAUUAAGGCAGCACCCCCCGAAAAACUCCCGGUUUGUACGAAAACCCUGGACGUCCCGGGCAUCCUCUUCUCCACAGGAGGAUACACGCAUAACUACUUCCACAGCAUCACCGACGUGAUGAUCCCGCUCUUCGCCACCUCCCAACGCUUCAACCGCGACGUCAUCUUCCUCGUCAUCAACCACAAUUCUUCUCGCUUCACCACCGAGCACAGAAAAACCCUAGAAAGUCUCUCCAGACACGAAGUGGUCGAUAUCGAUAUAGAGAAUCGAACUCUUUGCUUCACAAAUAUGAUUGUUGGACUCAAAGCUCAUCCAUCCGAUCUAUCCAUCGAUCCAUCCCCAUUUGCGAGGCUCUCCCCUCGAAACCUCACUAGGCUUCUACGCAACACCUACUCCUUGAAGAGAGACUCGGUGAGCGAUCACAAUGACAAGCGAUAA